AUGCAACAAAGAGCUCGGGUUCAGAAAACCGAUCGUCGUCCAAACAAAUUCAUUCCAGAAAACGCCCAGCAAUGUUAUGAUCGUCGUGGGCCAUGGUCCAUGUUUCUUGGAACAGAGCCCAUUGAAUACGCCAUUCAGAUGCCUACGCAAACCACGUUGGGACACAUCAGAAUUCGGGCUUCCAAAGCACGUUCUCCGAGCACGCAUUCUCAGAAAACGAGUCACGAAAGCACACAUGGCUUUGGAUUUGCGGGUGAAGCUGCAUCGCCAACAGCGCCAGACUCGGCAACUUCAACUUUUGAGCCCACUCCACUGAUUUGCCGUGACUCGUUCCUGUGUGGUUGGUUUAUGGAGGUCCACCACACUCUGCCGACACUUGCAACUCGUGCGCAAACACACGCCCUUUCAACGACAUCUGUCGAGUCAUCGUCUUCGGCAAGCUCUCUUUCUUUCCAAUUUCUAAUUUGA